AUGAUACAGAAUGACUUGUGGAACCUCGCUCAAGACUUUACCCUCAAAUUAUCGCUCCUAGUCCACACCUUGAUCCACCAGAGGAACCCGACGAAGCGAGAUGUGAACCUUAGUGUCCUGGCGGGCACUCUCUUCACCAUUUCGAGCGGCUUGUCGGCGCCCUUGCCCGUGUACGAAGAGAAGUUGUCGCAAAAGCUCGAUAGCCUUCUAUCCCAUCUGGAGGCCAUUUGCCUCUUUCCGAAUCAGCCACCUCUCGGCGACAUCAGGCAGCGCUUCCACACCCUACGCUGCCUCCUCUCGCCUUCGGAUGAAGGACAUGCCCUUCUGAAACGCAGCCUCAAGAAGUUUGCGGCACAGCCCGUCCACAUUACGAUCACGCAAAUAGAUGACUUGAAACGUUUUGCUCCAAACAUUGAAGAUGAAAUUGAACACAAUAUAACGCCUCUGGAACUCUCAUACGGCUCCCAAGACUAUCCAGCGCGGGUGAACAAGAGCCUGUACACUGUUUUGCAACAACAUGCCCUUUGCGCGUGCGCUCCAGUCGAUUCUCCUCCCACGUUGCACAAGAGGCAUCAAACUCGAUUGCAACUAACAUGUAAUCUACCCGCGAUUGGAAACGAUAUCACCUUCAACACGCUGGUGUCCAGAAAACCUAUUACCUAUGCCGAUGACAAUGAAGAGUUUCCGUGGCAGAAAUUGCAGUUCAAUGUUCCAAGGCGCACCGUGAAAUUUCAAGAAAGGUCGGUCGACAAUGACAUUGAACGCCGCACCUCAGGAGACCACGAGCCCUCGACGACGAUCGACCGGGGACGCUUCUGUUCCUUGCUCGGCAUGGACUAUGGACGUGGCCGCAUACGAUUGAAAAUUCAGAAUGAGACGUUGAUACACCUCUCGGAACCGGAUAGAAAGCUUGAUGAGCAUGCAAAGCGCGUUGCACACUUACCAAGCAUAUCUCUAGCAGAGAUGUUGCAGAACUAUCGGAUGACUUCCAAGAACAAAAUCCUACUGGCAUACGUCCUGGCCCGGUCUGUUUGGCAAUUUUACAAUUCUGAUUGGAUGAAAGCGCAGUGGUCGCCCGAUUGCAUCCAUUUUAUGUGGGAGCAAACAUCCAACACAAACCAGCGGGCGGUAGAUCCAGGAUAUCCUUACUUGGCAUGCACCAUCGAUGAAUCUGCAGGCGAUAGCUCAAUCGAGUAUUGCAGCAAACAUAGCGUCUACCAUCGAUAUCCGUUGAUACUUGCGCUGGGAGUCCUGCUCAUUCGAAUCUGUCAGAACCAACCUCUGAACACCCCACGCCAUGAUGAAGCUUUAGAGACACAGGUGAAUACAGACUUCUUCUAUGGUCAAGAUCUUCUUGAGAAUGAAUCAUGGCCAGACCUGGAUCUCAAUGUCCAGGCAAAGAAGACCUACAAGAGUGUAGUCAAAGCUUGUCUGAACCACGAGACCUUCAAGCAGACGGGCGAAUCUGACAUACCCAACCGUCGGGAAAUCUUGUGGAAAGUUGCUGUUUACCCACUAGCCAGGUUGGCCGCAGCCAUGGGGUGGCUAUGGCUUGAUGAUGGCCAGAUCCAUCGUGUCGAUGCUGGAAACAUACCCGGCCAACAAAAGAGUGAGACGUUAAAUAAAGGCAACUCCCCGGCGACUUUGUUAUAUAUACAUACUGUGGCGAAGACAGCUCCCUCUGGCGCGUCCACGUCCAGUGGAGAAGUGGCUGGUGCGGAGUCGAGAAAAUGGUUGAACGAUAUCCAAUUUUCAGAUUUCAACGUGGAAAUGGUUGCAAGAUUCCGAAAUACUCCCAGGAUCAAAGUCGCCGUUCUAGAUACUGGUUAUGAUCCGGGUAGUAUAUUCUUUACUGACCCAGACCGCAAAAGCCGCAUUCGGAGGUGGAAGGACUUUGUCGAAGAAACCUCCAAAGAACGCCAAGACGUUGAUGGACAUGGCACCCAUGUGCUCUCCUUGGUGAUGACAGUGGCACCGAUUGCAGAUUUGUAUGUGGCACGAAUAGCUAAAGGCCGAGCUGCAGGAGACCUCUCGAGCGCCAGUGACAGAAUUGCAAAGGCAAUCAAACAUGCCGUGGAGAAAUGGGAUGUCGACAUCAUUGUAAUGUCGUUCGGUUUCCCCGAAGAACAGCCUCAGAUCACGAAAGCUAUCCUCAAUGCCCAAUUGACCAAAGAAGGCCGUAUACUGUUCUUUGCAGGCGCAGCAAACGAGGGUGGCAACCUACCGGAAAUGUUCCCGGCCAAGGAUGUGCAUGUAAUUGCUAUCCGAGGCAGCAACGAGAAGGGGUAUCUGCAAGACUUCAAUCCUCCCCCAAGCUUCUCUGGGCUUGACUGCUUCAUGACGCUAGGUAAGGAUGUGCCUGGUGCAGCACUCAGUCUUGUCGGCGGUGAUACUGUGCCCAGGUCGGGUACAUCGACGGCAACUCCGAUUGCCGCAGGGAUUGCGGCCCUCUUGCUGGGCUAUGCACGUGUUCACGAGGCUGAGCUGAGGACAGCUUUGGCCGCCGAGAAGUUGGCCAAAUUGCACUCGAUGGCAGGGAUUUGCUCCAUGUUUCAGAGCAUGUCGACUCGAAUGACAGAGAAAUGUUACUAUCUGUCGCCCAACAAGUUCAUUUUCGGUAGCCACGAUCAUAGGUUAACCAUGAUCAAGUGGUCGUUGUCGCAAGAUGCCGUCCGUUGA